AGAAGAAAGGCGGACCCUCCAGGGAACGACGAGCGGCUUCCUGUGUGUCUAAUGCAGAAAGUGUUCAUCAAGUGUUAAACCUGAACAGCGGCUAAAAGGAGAUUUUCUCAUCAGACUGGCCGCUUUCAGAGUGAUUAGAAACAUUUUAAAACAAUCAGGCAUGAAAAUCAGGCGCCCCGCUUUUAGUCGUGUCAAAAACGCACAAGGCUCUGUUUGGAUCAGGGGUCAGCAGGGAACUGCUGGGCUCUGAUCGCCAACCGGAUGCUGCUGUUGCAUAAACGGUCAUGAAGGAGGGAUCGAGAGAAAGACGGGUUUUCUCUCAGGAAACGUCACUCGCUCGUACAGGAACACGGGAAAGCUGCGGACUCGGGAAUCUGCCUCCUGAAGCCGAGUUAUGUUGGGCGUCCUGCUCCUCCUGCUCUCCUCCUCCUCUCCUGGGGUCACGGUUCCUCCGCCCCUCGCUCCCUGCAGCAGAUGCUGUGACCACAUGCCGCCAGCAGAGGGCAGCGGAGAUCCUCCGGCGCUGGCGGAGUUCAGCCACGUCCCAGAGAUCCGCACCUACAUCAACAUGACUAUACUGAAAGGUGACAAAGGAGAUCGUGGGGACAGAGGAACCCCAGGAAACGUUGGACACGAAGGCCCUCCAGGGGCCCAAGGCGUAGCGGGGUCAAAGGGCAGCAAAGGCCAUGCGGGUCCUCCAGGAGACCCCUGCAAGCUGUCGCACUCUGCCUUCUCCGUGGCUCGCCGGAAGUCCCUGCACAGCGACGACGCCUACCAGGCGGUGAUCUUCGACACGGUCUUCGUCAACCUCGGCGGCGACUUCGACAUGUUCCACGGGAAGUUCUUCUGCCGGGUCGCCGGGGUCUACUUCUUCAACGUCAACAUCCACACGUGGAACUUCAAGGAGACGUACCUGCACGUCAUGCAGAACGACGCGGAGCGGGCCAUCGUCUACGCCCAGCCCAGCGACCGCUCCAUCAUGCAGAGCCAGAGCGUCAUGCUGGAGCUGCGGCCGCGCGACGCCGUGUGGGUGCGCUUGUUCAAGAGGGAGCGAGAGAACGCCAUCUACAGCGACGACGUGGACGUCUACGUCACGUUCAACGGAUACCUCAUCAAAGCCGGCGGGGAAUGAGGGACAUUUCGGCGGGACGUUUUGAAGAUUGAGUUAAUUUGUUAAAAGUAUUCACACCGUUUUCACAUCUUGUCAGGUUACGGCCUCAAACUUCGAUAAAUCUCGCGAUAAAACAGUAACAUUGUUCUUGGCUGGCACGUCUCAACAAAAUGUGCGCGUGACGACUAAAACGUCAUCAAUCUUCCGUGUUUAAGGAAAUAAUUCCCGCAGCAAACAAGCAUUUUUGGCAUAGUUCCUAGUGUAAAUAUCUUGGUACACUUGAAAUUAAGACAAAAUUAACUUUUUAGCACGACAAAAGGAGCUUGUUUUACAUCAAUAAUCCCUUAACAUUGAUGAAAACGUACUAGAUGUAAGUGGAACGUGAUGUACAGUAUUUUUUUCCCCCACCAUUUUGAUCUCAUCUCAGCAAAACACCUCCUGUGUCCUUAUAUGUGGUUUUCUUUUCCACACAUCUAUAUUAACUAUAUUUAUCACAUUUUAGUAACUUCCAGUCUAACAAACAGGAGAAACUCUGUCAAUACGGUAUUACAUUUGGUUUAUCCCAUAAAAUCUAAAUAAAAACAAAAAUAAAUAACUUUGCGACAUGAAUAAAAUGUGAAAAGGUUUAAGGUUGUGAAAACCUUGGCAGCAGUAGACUGUUUUCCCCAUUUUUAAAUUUGGGAUUAAAAACCAAAACGUUAAAGGAGAAAUUCUGUUGAUGCUUUUUCUGUUGAAUUCUCAGCUUGGUUUUGGGGGCUGGCGUCGGUGGUUGCUUGUGGUUCAUCCAUCCAUUACUGGUCACUCACUCUGCCACAAAUUUAUAAAACUCAAAGGAGUAAAGAGAAAUAAUUUGACUCCCAUAUACUUCAUCUGUAAACCAAUUUGUUAGGGCGGAGCUGGAGGACCAAACCCCUUAUAGCAGGCACAGAGGAACACAAGGACAGACAAGUAUAAGAGGACAAAUAAAUUAAAGAAAACAUUUUGUGAAAAUAUACAACUAACAAUAUAGACCCAAUUACACUUAACUAAGUCACGAAGCCACUGAAUGCAGCAUAACCACACUAGGAGGUUCAACCCAGGACUGUAAAUUUAUGCUUGAAAGAAAAUAACUCUCUCUGGGGGAUUUUGACCCUGCUUUCAUUACAGACAUUUCAGUACAACCUCAGGAAAAUGUGUCAAAUUGUGAAAGAUGCACAGGAUAGUUAACAAACAUCCUCAAAAAUGGUUUUGAGGCUCCAUUAAAGUCUUCCAGCGUGUUGAUGUAGGCUAAGAAAAUGCAUGACCUGUUUUUUUCUAGUGGUAACAAACUGUCUGAUUUAACUGGCUAAUUUUAAAAUAUGUUCAGGGUUUCCCUCAGUGUAUUAUAAGCCUGGCGGGCCACCGGGCUUUACUUGCGCCCC